CCGCACCCCUUUUUGUCUACGUCAUCACGCCGGGUGGUGGACUUCCUGGAUACUGUGCUUCUGCAUGUUGUGGUUCUUCUGAUUGAUUUGUCUGAGGGGAUGGUACAUUUUCUUCUGAGACCAAACUGGAUCGGCCGGAUUCGUCUUGCCCUUGCUCUCUUCGGACUCCCGUUCACCGUGUGCUCUCCCGGACUCAAGUCCCCCCUCUCCUGUUCAUACUCCUAUCCCUUUAGAACAAGUCCGACCAUCAGACCAGUCACCUCCAGCCUCUGUCUCCUCUACACGACCAGUGCCAGGACGAUGCCAUCCUCAGCAGCUCCUCAUGUGAAGGCCAGGUGUCCCCUGUACCCAGGGUCCAAACUCAAGCGCUUCGUCGUCCUUGAUGAUAAAGUGGACUGGAGUCAGAGCUGGCCUCAGUAUAAUCCAGUCAGCCACACCGACCCCGCAGUGCUGAAGAAGCCAGCAUGGGCAGAUCCUGAUAUCAGCGCGUUCUCUCCACAGUUCAACAUGGUGGAUGGAGGUGUGGACAGGACAAGCUUUGAGGGCAGCUACAAAAAGGAAAAGGGGAAGCCGCUAAAUCCUCGUGGUCGCACAGGAGUGACUGGCAGAGGUUUGUUGGGGCGGUGGGGACCCAAUCACGCUGCAGAUCCCAUCGUCACCAGGUGGAAAGUUGAUGCCAAAGGAGCAAAGAUAAAUCACUCCGUCUCCAAGCGGCCCAUCCUGCAGUUUGUGUCCAUCAAGAGGAAAGACUGCGGGGAGUGGGCAAUCCCUGGGGGGAUGGUGGAUCCGGGGGAGCAGGUGUCUCUCACGCUGCAGAGGGAGUUCUCAGAAGAAGCGUUAAACUCGCUGACUCUCCAGCCAUCAGACAAAGCAAAAGUCCACGAACGCAUCACCAAACUCUUCAAAACACCUGGGUUCCAGGUCUUUAAAGGCUACGUCGAUGAUCCCAGAAACACUGACAACGCUUGGAUGGAGACAGUGGCUGUUAACUUUCAUGACGAAUCAGGUAACAGUGUGAGUGAGCUGCCUCUGCAGGCCGGCGAUGAUGCAGGUCAAGUGAAAUGGGUUGAUGUUGACUCGUCCUUCCCGCUCUAUGCAAGUCAUUCCCGUUUCCUGGAGCUGGUUGCCAAAGAGAGGAAAGCACACUGGUAACCAACGAGCAACGACUCUGACCUGACCAUGAAGGAAACAUGUAGAGCCUCACUGCAGUUGGCAUGCAUGACGCUUUGUCAAACCCUGACCCUUACUUAUUUAAAUAUAAUAAUCAUAAUUAGAAUAAUGGAAGCCAAUUAUGCAACUCAUUAAUUUGACACUCAUAUGUAAGUCUGUUAUAGAGCAAUGUUGUGACUGUGCCGCCUGAGACAUGUAUCGCAGAACCUACACUAAGUGAACUUUGAAAGUUGUAAGCCUGAAAAACACAUGUACACACAUUUUCCCAACAAUUUGCUUCUUUAAUUUUCUUUAUCACAGAAAAGAAAGAAAAGAGCAGAAUAUGUACUUAGAACAAAUGUUUCCUUUACAUAACAGAAGCAGCAGUGUUAUUUAUUUUGCUACAGUUACACACCAAAAGGUGAGAGAGGAGGGUGAAGUUUUAAUGAUUUUUAAGAAUAAUCAAAUAAAGAACAAAAAACUGAUACAAUCAAAGACAAGCAACAAACACUCACAACUUCGUACAUGUACACAUACAGUCAUUAUUGAAAUCCGAAGCUUUUGACUCUAAACUCCUAAAACUUCACACAGCUAUCAAGGUGAGCUGCAUGUGUGAUCACAAACGACUGAAUUCAACUCAAUAUUUUUUCCUGCCAUCCCCUUGGUAAAACUUUGGGUGAGCUGAUGUGAGAAGGAGAAAUUCAGGAAAAUGUACGGGGUUAUGAUGUUUAUGCCCAGAAGAGCGCCUCAUAACAGGAUGAAUAAAAACAUCUGAGGUUGAUGAAGGAAAAUCAUUUUAAAGAUGAGAUCAAGGAAGAUGUCUUCAUAUCAGUGUGUUUAUAAAUUGUAUUGAGAUAAAUUUGAAAUCUGUCACCAUUA